UAGCAGUAAUUAUCCUCUCUCUCCUCAGCUGUCUCUCUCCAGUCUCCACAUCUGUCUGUCUGUCUGUCUCUCUCUCUAACUUCCCUGAUAUGGUGCGUAAUACGAAGAGAGAUUCCUGACCGUUUUCAGUACACUUUGGAGUUCGGAAACCUAGCUUAUAACGUCUUCUUCUUCUGUGGUGUCUUUUCACUUAACCAGUACACCGCCUUCUUUUUCCCCUCUUUAUAUACAUACAUACAUACAUGUGUUUGUAUAUAUAAUAUUUAUGUGUGUGUGAGAGCGACAUUUUUCAUCUAUUGUAGCUGGUAACAAUUCGAAACAUUUGAACCGAAGUCAAGUGGCUGAAGAAGGUGUCUGAUCAUACAGAAGACGAAAAUCCAAGUCUAUGGUAUUCUUUUGGCAUUCCCUCACAGCUGUUCAUCCAGAAUUUUGAAAAGGAUUAUAUGCUUGCGGCAAAUGGAAUUUAGCGAACUUGUAUGCUCUUGGGAGGGUAUGAAUGAAUCAGUUGGUUACGUCUGGCUAUGGAGAUGAAUCUAAAUAUUUUCAUGGUGCAUCUUGAGUAGGUUCUUUUCUUUCAUCAUUUUGUUUUGGAGUUAAGUGGGGUAUCUACCAUAUUUUGAAGGGGAGGGUGCUCUACUAGCUUGGGGUUAGUAUAUUAUAUUAAAGACAUGGAUGAGAGAGUCGAAGAUGUGCCAUUUUUUUGGAUGGAAGACUCUAAAGAGCAGUCCUUUCCUAUGAAGAUGAAGAGAAAGGUUAGGUCAAAGAAAUUUGAGUUUGUAGGGUGGGGAUCUAGACCUCUCAUUGAAUUUCUAGAAUCAGUUGGUAAAGAUACCAGCAAGCAGUUGUCACAAGAUGAUGUGAGUGCCAUCAUCAACGAUUAUGUAAAAGAAAAUAAGCUUGUUCACCCGGCAAAAAAAAAGAGAAUUGUGUGUGAUGAGAGGCUUCAUUAUCUUUUUGGAAGGAAAUCAGUUGGUCGAUUUAAAAUCAAUGAUCUUCUGGAAGCUCACUUCACUGAAAACCAAAAUGAAACAGAGGAUGAAUUGUACAGUUCUGAAGAAGGGGAGGAAAGUGUUUAUAAACAACAAAAAGUCUCCAGUUUAGACAAAAAAGCUCCUCCUCAGAAGAAAAAAGUUAUUGAAACCCCAAAAAGCUGUUUUGCAGCUAUUUUAUUUGAUAACAUUCGGCUUGUCUACCUGAAAAGGAGUUUAGUUCAGGAGCUUCUCAAAAAUCCAGAAAUCUUUGAAGAUAAAAUAGUGGGAAGCUUUGUAAGGAUCAAAUCCGACCCAAAUGACUACUUCCAGAAAAACUCGCACCAGCUUGUUCAAGUUUCAGGUGUAAGGAAUGCCUCUGGAAUUGGUGAUAUUGGAUCAGAGAUUCUGCUUCAAGUCUCUAAUUUAGUGAAGGACAUUAACAUUUGCAAGCUGUCAGAUGAUAACUUCACUGAGGAAGAAUGCGAGGAUUUAUGUCAGAGAGUAAGAUCUGGUUUGCUCAAGAGGCCAACUGUUGUGGAGUUUGAAAAGAAGGCACGGAUUUUACAUGAGGAUAUAACAAAGCAUUGGCUUGUGAGAGAAAUUGUAUUGUUGCAAAACCUCAUUGAUCGAGCCAAUGAGAAGGGAUGGCGUAAAGAACUAAAAGAGUAUAUGGAGAGAAAGCAGCUGCUGCAGACACCAUCUGAACAGUCAAGACUGUUGCUUGAAGUUCCGAAAGUAAUUGCUGAUGAAUUAGAGCCGGAAGCUAUACCGCAGGAGGACUUAGGAAGUGGGAAACAAUACAAUAAUGGUUUGCCGGGAUCAACUUAUGAGGGUGCUGCAGAAAUCUCGACUUGUGAUUUGGAAGCAGAUCAAACUCUGCCAGUGCAAAAUUCUGGAAAUGCAGUUACCACAGCAGGUCAGCCUGCUGAUUUUGCCCAACAGCAGAAAGGGCCACCAGUUGUGAUAAGGAGCGAAAGCGGUGGUCAGACGGAGCUUCUAAAUUCAGGAGGGAACAAAAGCUUUCACGAAAUUAUGGACAAGCGGGUUAGGGCUCCUCUGGUGAUUGAUCUGAGCGAUGAUGAUAACGAAACGGAGGGUUGUCAAAACCAGGUUGUUGAUGAUAAUACCGAAAGCUUAAUAUGGUACUAUAUGGAUCCUCAGGGCUUUGUACAGGGGCCUUUUUCAAUGCUUUCACUGAAGCGAUGGAGUGAUGCUUCCUACUUUGGUCAUGACUUCAAGGUUUGGAAGGCUGGUCAGAACCAAGACGCAGCUGUCUUGUUGAUAGAUGUGCUUCGGCGGAUGUUCCCCAAUUGAUGAGAGGGAGAGUCUUCCAUUUGAUAUUCAAUGAUUUCAUGUUCUUAAAUUGUGUAUAAAUUUUCGUUAAGAGAACCUCAGAUUCCCCAUUCAAUGACAAUGUGUGCAAUUUCCCUGCCUCUACCA